AUGAAAAUCCAAACCUCACUUUUGCUCAUUGCCUUGGUUUCUGCUACCACCACUUUGGCUCAAGUCAAUCCAGGUGAAAAGCCUGCUGAUCAAUUGGAUGCAGCCGAUACAGGUGUGAAACAAGCAGCCACAGCCGAUGGUGGUGCUGCCCCUGCUGCUGCUGCUGCACCUGCCAAUACGGAUCAAGAAGAGGAUGCUGCUUCUGCUGCUGCUGCUAAUACUGAUAACAAUGGAUCUGCUGCUUCUUCAACCACCGGUGAUAAUGCUGCUGCUCCUGCUUCUAACACAGGUGCUCCAAGUGCUGGUGUAGCUUCAGGUUCAUCCUCCAUGGCCGCCCCUGCAAGCACGGAUGGUGCUUCCUCUUCUUCUUCAGCAGCUCCUUCCAUGGCAUCGGCUUCCUCUGGACCUAUGGCUUCAGCAGCUGAUAAGAAGCAUCAUUCUUCCUCCUCUUCGUCUUCUUAUGGAAGCCAUGCCACCCAUCGUGCUAAUACAGGCUCUCACCAAUCCAUGGGUACAUCCAUCUCUUCCACUACAGGCGUCCUUUUGGCUGGUGCCAUGAUGGUCCCUGCCGUUUACUUUGGAUUGUAA